CAUGGGCGGCGAUGCUUCUGGAGUUCUGGUAAGCGUGUGCUCCUAUAAAAGCCUCAUUCUCUUGGCAUCCCAGGCUCCCUUGCCUCAGCCGCAAGAAAAGCAGCAGCAGCCAGCAGCACAGGGUCCCUUUCCUUGCAUUCUUCCUCGAGGGAAUCGUCGUCUUUGGCAUCGGUGUUGCCGGCCGGUUCAGCCGAUCGAUCGGGAGUCGGGACCAUGCAGCGCAGCAACUCGUUCGGCACGUCGUGGGCGGACCAGUGGGACUACGGCGGCGACCCGAGCCCGCGCGCGCGCGGCCGGCAUGACGGCGGCGGCAAGAAGCAGGGCGGCGUGGAGAAGACCAAGGCGGCCGCGGUGACGGGGCUCAAGAAGGUGAAGGAAGGCACCGCCAGCGGGUUCCAGUGGAUCAAGGACAAGUGCCAGAAGAAGGGCGGCGGCGGCAAGAAGCAGGGCGCCCAUGAGGGCUCCGGCAUCGCCGGGUACUAGCUAGCUGCUAGCUAGUCUCUGUUUCGAUUCGAAGCCUAUUCUUUGGUUAAUAAUAGGCGGUUUCUGUUCGUUUCUUCGUUCGGUCCUUCCUUGUGUCGUCCAUGUGUAUACUGUUGGAUGGAUGUACUGUCGAACCCUUCGUGUAGAUUACUGUUUGGAUUUCAGCUAUUGAUGAUUGGUUUAUUGUUUGCAAA